GUUAUUUAAAAAUGAGUGCGUUCACUAGGAAUGCAAUUAAAACUUAAAAGACAUUAAGUUCUAAGAAAUAUGGUAUUUGUUUGGUGGACUUCAAAUUCAGUUACGUGUUUAUGUUAUAGGCUGACUACCUGGCUGUUGGUUUCAGGAAAUAGUGAAGCCUUGCCUCUUAGCAGUCAGAAAUAAGAACAAUUUAAUUGAGAAUCAACUGCAAAAAAUCUACUUGCUUGCCUAUUAGCUAAAAGGAUAAGGUGUAAACCUUAAGUUUCCCUACAAAUUCUAUAAAACAAAAAGAUUAGUUGAGACACCGACGAAGGCGCAAUCUAUGACCGGACCGAUAAUGAGGAAAGUCAGAAAGCGAAACAAUUCUUUUAAAGGGAACUCGAGUCGUGAAUUUCUUGGGGUUGCUGAUUUGAUCAUCUAGUUUAGAGAUUGGAGCUUCUCACUGAUGGUUGAUGCAUAACAUCCUAACACUGGAGAUCCUGCUGACUAACAUCUUGGUUUCAUAGUCAAUAUGAAAAUGCAUAAUGGAGUGCCUGUUGUUGGAUUGACUUGGAAACACAUAAAACAGGGUGAUGGAUUUUUUAUGGUUUCUUCUGAAAAACCAGCAGUACACAUGGUAGAGUUGAUUGCUUAAUCUUGCUUUUUUUGGUGGUUUCGUCCCUAACUGGACUCGGCUCUGCCGGUUGAAGACCACCGACACCGAGUGCUUUGUAGAGGUUAGGCACCGAAGAAAAGUGAAAACUUGGACGGAAACUUCCAAUUCACUAAUUAGGCACAUUGAAAGUGAAGAGAAUAAACCGAACAAAGAGAAAAAGUUUAAUGGGAGCAAAGGAUUAUUGAGACAGAGAAAAGAAGGUAAGGGCAUGUGACUUCUUUUAUUUAAUUUAGAAGAAGGUGGAUACCUCACAACUCCCUUUUUAAGAACUCUAUAAAUGUUAACUUCCUUGCUUUCAUCAUUCCAUCUGGAUCAUUCUUAUCCUUCAAAACAAUGGCAAGGCUUCUCCUUUCCCUGCUAGUUCUCUCCUUCGCCAUGUCCAUGGCUGGCAUUGCAGGUUCUGCCUCAAGCCCCAGAGACUUCAUCAAGGCCUCAUGCAAGGCCACACGCUAUCCUGAUUUGUGUGUCCAAUGUCUUUCAGGAUAUGCUAACGCAAUUCAACAAAAUGAGCAACAUCUAGCUCUAACUGCCUUGUCUGUGAGUCUAGCCAGGGCUAGAUCAGCUGCUGCAUUUGUCACCAAGCUUACUAAAGUUAGGAGGAUAAAACCAAGAGAGAAUCAAGCUGUGAAGGACUGCAUAGAGAAUAUGGGUGAUAGUGUGGAUCGACUUAGCCAGUCAAUCACGGAACUGGGCCAUCUGGGGCAAGCUGUUGGUCAGGACUUUGUGCGGCUUAUAAGCAACGUGCAGACAUGGGUUAGUGCUGCCAUAACUGAUCAAAGCACUUGCCUUGAUGGCUUUGCUGGCCGCUUCAUGGAUGGAAAUGUGAAGAUUGCCGUCAAGCGCAGGGUUACCAAUGCUGCACAAGUCACUAGCAAUGCACUUGCAUUGGUUAACCACUUUGCAUCUAGGCAUCACACAUCUGCAUGUGGUGAAAAGCCUUAGUUUUUGCCUAGUUUUAUCUCCAAGAGCCCAAGCUUGCCAGCUAAUGUACAAGUGCAACAUAGGAUGAACUUUUAAGUACUCUGUUUAUUGCAAAAUAGUACUAAGCAUGAGCAAAAUUUCUGUUUCGUUGUCAAUUUAAAAUGGAAAUUUUGUUUAUAAGAAUAAUUUU